GAAGGUUUUCAGGAAAAGUCACGCGUAAAUGUUGGAAAAAACCAGACACCGACAUUGAAAAAAACCAGUAUUAGUAUGACUUCGAGUCUUCUUCCAUCUAUUACCCCACAAAUAUUUAGAUCUUUCUUACUAUGUCUUUGAUGAUCAGUUCACGCGGGAUGCUUCUAGUGUUGGCGAGUAAACUUCUCGGUCAAUGGAUUUGCCAGCUCUCAACCAGCCACUUGGGCUGUCCAGACAUUAUUAGAUGUCACCAUAGUACAUCUAAUUAUUGUAAUAUGUUUGGGCAUGUGAAACAAAGUUCAUUCUGAGUAGCUUUAUUUGUUUCUUUUGAUACUAGGUUUGGAACGAAGCUCAGUAAUAUCAAGCAAGGAUGGUCAGAGUUCUUAUACUCUUCACCCUUGUAAGCUGCAUGAGAAUCAAAGUUGAAUCUCAAGCCGAACCUCCUUCUCCUCCAGAUUCUGAAAUUGAAGCUCUUAUGGAAAUAGCCAAAGAAUUGGGCAAAAAGGGGUGGGACUUCACUGAGAACCCUUGCAACAAUAAAUCAAGCUGGUUCACUCCAUGGCCGCUAGAAAAUAUGCCUCAAGCCAUCACCAACAGUACUGUCAUCUGCAAUUGCUCCUUCCUCAAUGCUGAAUGCCAUGUCAUUGGCAUGUAAGUACUACCUCUUUUUACUAUUGUCAGAACUUAAGGAUGUAUCUACCUGAAAGUUAUGUUGGCCAAAAUUUUGACAAAAUGGUGCACCAUUCAGUUCUGGCUUUUUAGAUGGUCUUUUAUGGUUUCAUCUUUAGAUGAUGUCACCACACGUUAUCUUUUGAACAUUCAAGACCAUACCAAAAUUGAAGCUGUAAUGGUCCUUGCCCUGUUGCAAAUUAAAACAGAUAUAUUAAAGGGCAGGAUCUUGCUGGUAAGCUACCACGAUCAUUCACAAAGCUGCCUUACCUGAAAGCAAUUGAUCUCUCUCGGAACUUCAUUAGUGAUCCAAUACCACGUGAAUGGGCUUCUGCUAACUUGGAAUAUGUGUAAGCAACACAUGCACUUAGAAUUCAUGGCUAACAAGCAACAGCUAAUUACUUGCAAUAACAUAAUGUUGGUCUGAAUUUGCCUCAGGUCUCUUUCUGUUAACAACUUAUCAGGACCUAUUCCUCCCUACCUGGGAACUUUUACCACUCUCAGAUAUUUGUAUGGUUUUGAACCAUAUUAUUUACUCUUUACUUUUUUUGCCAUGCUGUAACGCUCAAAAUAACUUGAUGCCUCCAGGAACCUUGAGAACAACUUUUUCUCUGGACCUAUUCCUCCUGAGCUGGGGAAUUUGAUCAACUUGGAGAACCUGUCAGAAUUUCUUUUCCAGUUGGACAGUACAUUUGAUUUUCCAUGAUUAAAUGAUAAAGAAACGACACAGUCUUAAUCUUCCCUUCUGUUCUUGCAGCAUUCUUAGUGCUAACUAUCUCACUGGAGAAUUGCCCUCAUCGCUUACAAAUCUAUCCAAAUUAACAGAACUAAGGAUUAGCAGUAACAACUUCUCUGGAAGAAUACCAGAUCAAUUUGGAAGCUGGAAACAGCUUCAAAAACUGGAGAUUCAAGCUAGUGGUUUCAAAGGGCCUAUUCCUUCUAGCAUUGCAGUCUUGGGUAGUUUAACUGAACUAAGGAUUAGUGACUUAAGCAAUGUGGAUUCAGAGUUCCCAAAUUUACAAAAGAUGACAAACAUGAAAAGACUUAUGUUGAGGAGCUGCAAUAUCUCUGGACCAAUUCCGGCUGAAUAUAUAUCAGCAAUGUCCCAACUACAAAUCUUAGAUCUUAGCUUCAACAGGUUGGAGGGAAACAUUCCAAAUUUUUUUGAAGGGCUAACAAAAUUAGAAGACUUGUAUCUGACAAGCAACUUGCUCACUGGGCCUAUUCCAGACUGGAUGAAGAAUCAAGCAAGACAUUAUAUAGACAUCUCUUAUAAUAAUCUUUCUAAUGAGAGCUCGCAGCUACUUGCAUGUCCACUUACUCUAAAUUUGUUCAAAAGCUCAUCAGGAGGAAACAACUCAGAGAAUGAUAAUUGCUUGAGGACUUACCCUUGUUCUAAAGAUCAUUAUUCAGUCUACAUAAACUGUGGUGGAGGAGCAACUACCAUUGGAGACAUCAAGUACGAUGAUGACCAAUAUCUAGCAAAUCCAGCAGGAUCCUUUCAUGUGCAAGAAACUUGGGAAGGUAGUAACACUGGACAUUUCUGGGAUCUUAAUCAAGAUACCGAGCUGUUUAUUGCCUAUAAUGUGACUAAAAUCAAUGGAACCAACUCUGAAUUGUACACAAGAGCACGGCUUUCACCUCUCUCUCUCACAUAUUACCUACGCUGCUUAGCAAAUGGAAACUACACUGUUACACUGCACUUUGCGGAAAUAGUCUUCAGAAACAAUAGAUCCUUUCACAGUCUUGGAAGACGAAUUUUUGACAUUUAUGUGCAGGAGAAGCUUGAGGUCAAGGAUUUUAAUAUUGAAAAUGAGGCAGGAGGUGUUGAUAAGCCAAUCAUUAGGAAAGUUAAAGCAGUUGUCAGCAAUAAAACUUUAACAAUCAACUUUCGCUGGGCUGGGAAAGGCACAACCGCUGUACCGAGGAGAGGGACAUAUGGACCUCUUAUAUCAGCUAUCUCAGUAGAAUCUGAUUUCAAGCCUCCUCGAGAUCAUGACGUUCUAGUGGCAGUCAUAGUUUCUGUCUCAUGCCUUGUCUUCAUAGUUUUAGGGGCUCUUUGGUGGAAAAUCUAUUUGGGACACAAUACAUCCAAGGAACAAGUUCUGAGAGGACUUGAUCUGCAAACUGGAUUUUUCACCUUCAAACAAAUCAAAGCUGCCACUGACAACUUUGAUGAUACAAAUAAAAUUGGUGAAGGUGGUUUUGGGUCUGUUUACAAGGGUGUGUUACUAGAUGGCACAAUAAUUGCGGUUAAGCAACUUUCUUCAAAAUCAAAACAAGGAACCCGUGAAUUUGUGAAUGAAAUAGGCAUGAUUUCUGCACUGCAACACCCUAAUCUUGUCAGGUUGUAUGGAUGUUGUGUUGAGAAAAAUCAGUUACUGUUGGUUUAUGAAUACAUGGAAAACAACAGCCUUGCACGUGCUUUAUUUGUUCCAGAGGAAGGCCAACUUAACUUGGACUGGCCUACAAGGCAGAAAAUUUGUGUUGGCAUAGCAAAAGGUUUGGCCUUCCUGCAUGAGGAAUCAACACUAAAAAUUGUUCAUAGAGACAUCAAAACUACCAAUGUCCUACUUGAUAGGAAUCUUAAUCCAAAGAUCUCUGACUUUGGAUUGGCCAAGCUUGAUGAAGAGGAAAACACUCAUAUAAGCACCAGAAUUGCAGGAACAAUAGGAUAUAUGGCACCUGAAUAUGCACUAUGGGGUUAUCUAACCUACAAGGCAGACGUUUACAGUUUCGGGGUUGUUGCAUUAGAAAUUGUUGCCGGAAAGAGCAAUGCAAAAUAUCACCCGAAUGAAAAUUUUGUUUGCCUUCGAGAUUGGGCCAUUGUUUUACAACAAAAAGGGGAUUUAAUGAAUCUAGUUGAUCCAAGGUUGGGAGCUGAGUUUAACAAGGAAGAGGUAAUUAGAAUGAUCAAAGUAGCUCUGCUGUGUACAAAUCCAUCACCAGCGCUUAGGCCUAUCAUGUCAUCUGUAGUGAGCAUGCUUGAUGGCAGAACCCUUGUGCCAGAGCUGAUCAUGGAUCCCAGCAUUUCUGGAGAUGAAUCAAGGCUCCCAACCCUUAGAAGCCAGUUUGAUCAAAUCCACCCACAUAACUCAGGGGAAAGUUCCUCCUUGAUUCAAACAUCAGAUGCAACAUGCAGCACCUCAUCUGGAUCUUAGUAGUGUGAAGAUCAGAGAUGGUAUUUAAUUUGCAAAAGGCUAAAGAUAAGAAUUGAUACAAGGAAUUACCAACCAAUAUUACAUGUUAUUUUGAAGGACCAAAGGAUGGCUUGGUGCCUAACCAUUAAGAAUGUACAAUCCAAAAUAUGGCUACAAAUGAAGUAAGGAUUCUAAAAACCCACUUUGCUUGAUCAUCUUGUAACUUCUCUGCACUCUUAAAACUACAAAACAUCAAAAUUGUAUGAUGCUUCUUCUGAUACAUAAAUUAAAUCGACAAGC